AUGUCCCGGGGGAGGGGGCUCCUGCCUGGCCCCGCCGCCGCCUACCUCUGCCUCCUCGCCUCCUUCUUCCACGGUGUUCGAGGUCUCAAUGUUUGUACACGUGGCAGUGCUACCUCCUGUGAAGAGUGCUUGCUGAUUCAUCCCAAGUGUGCUUGGUGCUUUAAAGAGGAAUUUGGCAGCAAAAAAUCUAUCACUUCGAGGUGUGACUUCAUUGAAAACCUGAUUGUCAGCGGUUGUGCAGGGCACUAUGAGAGUACAAAAAGCAGCCUGAAUAUAGUGAAGAACCUUCCUUUGAGUAGAAAAGGCUCCAGUGUGACUCAUUCAGAUGUAACCCAAAUAAUACCUCAAAAAAUCUCUCUUAAUCUUCGGCCUGGUGACCCGACCUCUUUCCAUGUGCAGGUUCGGCAGGUAGAGGACUACCCUGUGGAUCUAUAUUAUUUGAUGGAUCUUUCCCUUUCCAUGAAGGAUGAUCUGGACACAAUUCGGAACCUGGGAACCAAGCUGGCUGAAGAGAUGGGAAAGCUCACCAGCAAUUUCCGCCUUGGGUUUGGAUCUUUUGUGGACAAGAACAUUUCUCCGUUUUCAUACACAGCACCCAGAUACCAGAACAAUCCUUGCACUGGUUACAAGUUAUUUCCAAGUUGUGUUCCAUCCUUUGGAUUCCGGCACCUUUUAUCUCUCACAGAUAAAGUAGACCGUUUCAAUGAAGAAGUUCAGAAACAGAGGGUUUCCCGUAAUAGAGAUGCUCCAGAAGGCGGCUUUGAUGCAAUCCUUCAGGCUGCUGUGUGUGAGAAGGAGAUUGGGUGGCGGAAGGAGGCUUCUCACUUGCUCGUCUUCACUACAGAUGAUGUCCCACACAUAGCUCUGGAUGGGAAGCUGGGUGGAUUGGUGCAGCCACAUGAUGGGCACUGUCACUUGAAUGAGGCCAAUGAAUAUACUGCAUCCAGUCAGCUGGACUAUCCUUCCCUUGCACUUCUUGGAGAGAAACUAGCUGAGAACAAUAUCCACCUAAUUUUUGCAGUAACAAAAAGUCAUUAUGUUCUUUACAAGAACCUUACAGCCUUAAUUCCUGGAACAACAGUAGAGAUUUUAUACCAAGACUCCAGAAAUAUUAUCCAGCUCAUAGUCAAAGCCUAUAAUAGCAUUCGUUCUAAAGUGGAGUUAACUGUCUGGGACAGUCCUGAGGAUCUCAACCUUGCUUUUACAGCGACUUGUCAGGAUGGUUUGUCAUAUCCCGGCGUCAGGAAGUGUGGUGAUCUUCAAAUAGGGGACACAGUUUCCUUUGAAAUAUCAGUAGAAGCCCGGAGUUGCCCUGCCGAGAACACCUCGCACACCUUCACAAUCAAGCCGGACUGGUUUCGGGACACACUCGAAGUGACCGUCACCUACAAUUGCACAUGUGGAUGUACAAAGCAGAUUGAGCCAAGCAGCAGCAAGUGCAGUGGGAAUGGCACUUACGUGUGCGGAUUGUGUGACUGUGAUCCAGGCCACGUGGGAGCCAAGUGCGAAUGUGAGGAAGGAGAGAGUGGGAACAUGUACCAAAAUAUGUGCCGCGAGGCUGAAGGGAAACGUGUCUGCAGCGGCCGAGGGGAAUGCUCUUGCAACCACUGUGUCUGCUACGAGAGUGAGUUUGGGAAGAUCUACGGGUUGUUCUGUGAAUGUGAUGACUUCUCCUGUGCAAGAUAUAAGGGCGUUCUCUGUUCAGGUCACGGAGAGUGUCAUUGCGGGGAGUGCCAGUGUCAUCGUGGCUAUAUCGGGGACAACUGCAACUGCUCAACGGAAACGGAUAGUUGCCUCUCCAACGAUGGCCAGAUGUGUAGCGGACGAGGCAACUGCAUCUGUGGGAAAUGUCAAUGCACAGAACCUGGUGCCUUUGGAGAGACUUGUGAGAAAUGCCCUACCUGCCCAGGUGUCUGCAGCAAUAAAAGGGACUGCAUUGAGUGUAUGCUGUUCAACUCAGGAAGACUGGCUGAUAACCAAACCUGCCAAAAACACUGCAGGGAUGAGAUCAUUACACGAGUGGAUGUUCUCAAAACUGAUGACCCACACUCGGUCUUGUGUGCUUAUCCCAUGAAGGACUGUGUGAUGAAGUUCACUUACUCAGAACUGCCCAGUGGGAAGACCAAUAUUACCAUCCUCAAAGAACCAGAGUGUGGUACUACUCCUGAUGCCAUGAGGAUCUUACUGGCGGUAGUGGGCAGCAUUGUACUUCUAGGUAUUAUUCUCCUGGCAAUUUGGAAGCUGCUUGUAACUAUUCAUGACCGGCGGGAAUUUGCCAGAUUUCAAAGUGAACGGUCCCGGGCAAGAUAUGAAAUGGCUUCCAACCCUCUUUAUCGCAAGCCUAUUUCUACACAUAGCUUAGAUGUCACAUUCAACAAGCUCAACAGGACCUAUAAUGGUACAGUUGACUGAAAUCAUGCUCAAGGAUACACUCAAGCGAGGAAAAUGCUUGACAAUUGCUUGGCUUCCUCAUUGUUUCCCCAAAUGAAGAAUCCUCUGCAGUGGGAGAAUAUCUUUAAAUGCAAGUUGAGCAUCAGAAGAAGGCUUCUAUUUGC